AUGAACUCAAGAACAUUACUCCGUCAAUCAUCUCGAGCUUUGAGCUCUUCUCUUCGCAGCUCAGCCGCAAGACAACCUUUGCGUUCUCAAUUCCACAAUAAUACUUCGCCGGCCGCGCAAGUUGCGUCGAGGCAAUUCCAAGGAAGGAGAUUCUAUGCUACGGAACCAGAGGCUAAGAAGGAUGAGCCAGCAGCAGAGAAGAAGGAUGCUGAAGUAGAAGACCCAUCGAAGAAGGCUUUGGAGGCAAAGGAUAAGGAGAUUCUUGAAUUAAAGGACAAGCUCCUGCGCUCCAUCGCCGAAUUCCGCAACCUCCAAGAGCGCACAAAACGAGAUAUGCAAGCUGCAAAGGACUUUGCCAUUCAAAAAUUUGCCAAAGAUCUUGUUGACAGUGUUGACAACUUUGACCGAGCUCUUACCACUGUUCCCGCAGAGAAGCUCUCCAUUUCUGCCGAAGAACGCAAUGAGCACCAACAAGACUUGAUCACAUUACACGAGGGAUUGAAGAUGACCGAGAACAUCCUCAUGUCAACAUUGAAGAAGCAUGGUUUGGAAAGAUUCGACCCUUCAGUCGAGUCCGAGAAAUUCAACCCAAAUGAACACGAGGCUACUUUCAUGACUCCUAUGGCAGGAAAGGAGGACGGCACAGUUUUUCACACCCAACAGAAGGGAUUUAAGCUCAACGGAAGAAUCUUGAGAGCUGCCAAGGUCGGGGUUGUCAAGAACCCUUGAAUACUGUAAACCAAGUUUCACAUUUUGCGGGACGCAAACCUAGCAUUGCUCGGCGCAUAGAGUAAUGAAGAAGUUUACUCCGUAUAUAUAUAUAUAUUGGAGUAAUGAACGGAAAUUUUCAGUGGAGGAAUCACGAUGUACAAAGUGUAUAAAUAAAAAUGGGACUACGGUUAUGUCUACUUGAGCAUCCGACUCGAGCAGACACAAAAUUACGGCGUUGGAAUGCAUAAUGACUGUAAGCUGCAUUACGAAAGAAUCAGCUCACUCCUCUCUACAAAGAUAUGACAGGUUUUGGGGUAAAUAUUAUGGGCUGGCCUGGCUUUUGCGGGAUCUAUCUGCAUCAUCUUGUAUAUGUCACUCACGAUUUUCUUUUCUUUUUCGCAUAUAGGAAAAGAAUAAAUAUACCUAAUGAAACCAUGCA